AUGACGUACAAGUAACAACUCCGCGCGCGUGUGUAGCCGGUGGAAUGUUAAGGAGCGUUCCCAGGCUGCUCACGCUCGUCGAUGUUGGAGUUCCUCGCCUCUUCUCCUGUCCCAUCACGGGAUCUCGGAAACGUUUCUCAGUGUUGCGCGUGCAGUCGGUCAUGACAGACCCUGACCUCGGUCUGUACCGCCCUCCCGCUGCUGUGCGAGGUAUGACCGUCCUGGAGCGCGAUGCUUUCACGCAGACGGUAGUGGUCCCUGCGAUACGGAUCCCUACCCGCGCCCUCAACCGCCUCGUCAAGAGCCUGAAGAAGGUGGCGCUGCAGAGGCCGGGUCUCAAACGGGUCGUAGACGACGAUACCGACGGGGGGAACGAGACGGCCGGAGAGCACCGGCUGCUCCUGCUGGACCCUCAAAGCGUCGAGUCGGCCGAGUCGUUCGGUCCAGAAGAGGCGGCGGCGCUGAAGGCGUUGGGGGUGGAGCCCGCAAUCCGACACUACAGUCUCCAACUGACGUACGAGAACCUGAAGAGCGAGGAGGUGCUGCGCGCUGUGCUUCCUGAAGGACAGGACGUGACGUCAGGGUUCAGCCGAGUGGGACACAUCGCGCACAUGAACCUCAGAGACCACCAGCUGCCGUAUAAAAACCUGAUAGGUCAGGUGAUCAUGGAUAAGAACCCAGGCGUUACCUGUGUGGUGAACAAAACCAACACCAUCGACUCGACCUACAGAAACUUCCAGAUGGAAGUGUUAGCCGGAGAAAGCAACAUGGUGGCGAAGGUGAAGGAGAACGGCGUGUCGUACGAGUUUGAUUUCUCGCGCGUGUACUGGAACCCUCGUCUCAGCACCGAGCACGAGCGUGUCGUUUCUCUGCUCCGCCGAGGCGACGUGGUGUUUGACGUCUUCGCCGGAGUCGGGCCGUUCGCCGUGUUAGCGGCGCGCCGUGGCUGUUCAGUCUUCGCCAACGACCUCAACCCCGAGUCCUACAAGUGGCUUCAGCACAACGCCAAGCUCAACAAGGUGGAGUCCAAGCUCACGAGUUUUAACCUCGACGGCCGGGAGUUCAUCCAAGGACCGCUGCGAGAGCGUCUCCCCGAUCUGAUCAAGAGAUCGGAUUCUUCGUCCGCCGUCCACGUGAUCAUGAACCUGCCGGCGUUGGCGCUCGACUUCCUGGACGCGUUCAGAGGCUUGCUGAAGGGCGAGAAGGAGCCGGGUCCUGAUGGCGGCGUCCUGCCGAGGCUCCACGUCUACGGCUUCUCCAAAGAGGACGAGCCUGAGAGGGACGUGCUGGAGCGAGCCGAGCUCAGGUUAGGGACAUCGCUGAAGGGACGGUGUGAAGUGCACAUGGUGAGAAACGUGGCCCCCAACAAGGAGAUGAUGUGUGUGAGCUUCAGCAUGCCGAGAGAUGUGCUGUACGGAGCAGACGUAGUGGUGGUGGAGGAGGAGGACGAUGGUCGCUCAGAAGAACCGUCGCCAAAGAGGCCGAAACGCGUGGAGACGCAAUAAAAAACUCCUCUUUAUGGACAAUCAGAAUGUUUCUGUUUUAUGAUUUUGUUUUAUAUAAAAUAAGUACAAUCUCACAAAGAUUGAAUUAUAAUGUUUGAGCUUUCUGUUUAAAUCUGUAAAUAAAAGAUUUAACACUGUUUACCUGC